UAUUUCUUCUCAUCAAGUAGUCUCUAUGUUCUUACGCAUAUUCUUUGCCACUCUAAACUCUUGAUCUUAUUUUGCUAUGAACGUUUAGAUCCUUUUCGUUUCCUGUCAUCGUCUUGUAUUUGUUUUCAUAGUUUUGUUCUCUCUAUCUACACUUGCUUUCAACAUGGAUAGGAUUGUGCUUGCCACGAUAUUGUACUUAAAAUUACAUGAUACUAUCAGCUUAAUUCUUUUUCACCCCAUUGCCGAGAACUACUUGUAGCUCGACGUUCACUUUACCGAGCACUGCCAUGCAAACCACAAAAGGUUUAAUUCAAGUGGAUAUCAAGGAAAGCUUUACUGGUGGAAUCUGACAACUUUUUGGAGAUUAUAAACCAGGCUCAAAGGAUGGACGUUGACCCACCGUUCCCACAGACCUACAAGACCCUCUUGGAAAAAACCAGAAAAGGGGCAACUGAUCACAAAGAUGUUGAUAUCAUUGAGGAAUGCGAGCUUCCAUUGAUCGAUCUUGGCCGUCUGAAUCUUAAGAACUUGGAGAAAGAAAAGUGCGAGACAGAGAUUGCUAGGGCAUCACAGGAGUGGGGGUUCUUUCAAGUCGUAAAUCAUGGGAUUUCACGUGAGAUUUUGGACAAAAUGAGAAGUGAACAAGUUAAGGUUUUUAAACAACCUUUUAUUGAAAAGAGCAAAGAAGAAAACUUUUUGAAUUUCUCUAGGGGGACUUAUCGAUGGGGGACACCUACAGCUACUUGCCUUAAGCAGUUGUCAUGGUCCGAAGCUUUUCAUAUUCCUUUGAGUGAGAUACAGGUUUCCAAUGGUUUCAGUACUGCUCUCAGCUCGACAAUGGAACAAUUUGCUACAACAGUUACCAAUCUAGCACAGAAAUUAGCUGAGAUUUUGGCUGAGAAAUUCGGCUGCAAAUCUGAUUUCAUUAAAGAAAAUUGUCUGUCAAGCACUUGUUAUCUACGAAUGAACCGAUAUCCACCAUGUCCAAUCCCUUCAGAGGUAUUCGGACUCAUGCCACACACUGAUAGCGACUUUCUCACCAUUUUACACCAAGAUGAAGUUGGAGGAUUGCAAUUAGUGAAAGAUGGGAAAUGGUUUGCUGUCAAGCCAAACUCAGAGGCACUGAUAAUCAAUAUCGGAGACUUGUUUCAGGCUUGGAGCAACGAUGUUUAUAAGAGUGUCGACCACCGUGUUGUCACAAAUCCACGAGUUGAAAGAUUCUCAACAGCGUAUUUCUUCUGUCCUUCCUAUGAUACAGUGAUACAAAGUUGCUAUGAGCCUUCAGUUUAUAGGAAAUUUAGCUUUAAAGAAUAUAGACAACAAGUGCAAGAGGAUGUUCAAAAAUUAGGUUACAAGAUAGGGCUCCCUAGGUUUCUUGUAUAAUAAAUAAUAAAUAAAUUUUCUGAUUAAUUAAGUAGGUUUUCUUUUCUUUUUUCCAAGAAAGAAAAU